AUGUUUCUUCCAACGAAUCCGAUUCGCAGAGCGCUUGGGCACGAGUGCCACGUCACGCUGCAGGGAUGUGCUGAAAGAGCCUCGCAAAACGACCCCAACCCUUCUAGUUCAAGCAUCUGGCACCUGCCGGCAGCACUCUUCCAAGAAGACAUAGCACCUUCCCAGUAUACCUUCCCUGCCACAGAAGGAUCCAUCAUCGCACCUGCCGCCAUGCCUGUCGCUUUCGCCCAGCAAGGGACCGUCGACUGGACCUCACUCGGUCGCAUGCAGUUCUUCGCAUCCAUCGCCGUUCUUUCACGUCUGUCGUCCGCUGGCAUCGAGUCGCUGACCGUUGCAUUCGGCCAAGCCAUGUGCACCCGGAUUCCUCUUGCCGCCCACGGCGAGGAGUUCUUGAUGGAAAGCCUCAAUAAGCUCAAGGCGUUUUCGAGUUUUGGCGACCUUGUCUGGUUUGGAGUUGGAGUGCGGCAUGUUCUUCGCGAUAUGGUUCAAACAACCGAAGGGGCGUCGUUGGUCGCUUUGUGUGCAGCCCUCAGCGAAACAUACCCCACCCAUGUUGCGGCCCUGAUACUUUACGAAAUGGCCAAAGAGCUCAAAGCCUCCAGUGAGCUAUCGCCUUUGCUCGCCCAGUGGGGAGCGCUGGUCACCACGUCUUCUUGCGUUUUCAAGGAGACUGCAUUCAGUGUACGGAUUGAGAAACUCUUAACGCUGGCGGGAUUCUCUGGCUCGUUCUUACCCGGUGACAUCAGCGAUAGGCGGGUCAACCCCGGACAUCCACAAGAUAUCGCCCGAUGCCUCAUCGCAUUGGGUGAGGUCAUGCGAGGGACCGUGGAGCAGGUAGCCAUACAUGGCGGCCGUGCCGCCUGCUGGCUCGCGACCUAUGCGAGCCUCAUCCUCGGUUUGAGGGUGCAUUUAUCCAGCGAUGGAAAGCUUCUGUUCACAAACUACGACGAGCGAAAGCUCGACGCCCAGCUAUAUAUUGAUGUGGCCCCUGGCGUAGGGUUAGGACAGUCUCUGCAACAAGUCGGGAUUACUUUCACCGUGCGCUCAGGGCGAGAUUUCAUUCAGCAAGUUUUUGUUUUGUCCGAUGAUAGCAAAACCGCCCGAGAGGCUCUGGGCCAAUUUUUCCUGGCUGGGUCAACCCCCUGGAACACUAUUAUUGUGGACACCUUUGGGGAGAAUGGACAGAGCCUUCUUGACCAGCUGACUCCAAGUAACAGCACUACAGCUGCAGACCACUAUGAUAUCUUGCAGCGGGCGCCCUUCCGUGGUUUUUUUGAAGCUAGUGUCAUGUCAUUCAUCUAUAACCUGGGCGAUGCACAUAACUACCACAGCGUCUCCAAUUAUAUGACCACGGUGGUAGACAAACUACCGGAGCUGGGCGUAUUCAAACCUGGCAGUCUGCAGGGCGACUGGACUGAUUUCUCGGUCAGGACUAACGCGUUCCGGGAUGCCUCGGACGCCUUGUGUGCGAUGUGUGGAUGUUCCCGAUGCACGAGGUCUAGUGGAGGCGAUGAAAGGAGAAUGUGCUUGGUACUCAUCGCUGACACUAUUGCCUUUCUGGCGCAUCUCAUGGAGCGGUGCCAUCUCCAUUCGAACUUGCGACCUAGAAGGUUGGGCGUACACGCCAUAUACAUGGGCAUGCAGCACCGGCGUUGGGAAAUGGCACAACAGGCAUCCCAGUCGUCAAGAGGACCAGACUCGAAUAUUUUAUUUGCUGUUGACACGGAGAAGCUCUUCGAUAGCUACGCCGCCUUAUUCACUGGCACGGGAUCCCGCCAAAAUGCUGGCUCUACUGGCGCACCACGGCAAUUCGCAACCGUAUCCGCUUACUCUGAUGGUGGCAUAUACGGCUUCUUGGAGAGUUUGAUAGGCCUUUCUAUGAAUCACGCCCGUGCUUCAAGGGUCCAUGUCGGCAGCGGGGUGAUAGAAUGCCGCUCCCGCCUGCACCGUUGGGUAUUCGAUGCGAACGGCAGUAUCCCAUCGCCCACGACCACGAAUUAUCCAGCGCAGGAAAUCACUUAUACCAAUGAUGUAUCUGCCCUGGAGGCUGAUUUCUCCUCCCCUUCCUUAAAUAUGGAAGCAGUCGUCGAAGACACCUUCCACCUAAUCUUUUACUAUCGCAUAAAGUCUCCAGCCGGGAGACGAUUGAUAUCCCCUGCCACCUUUGUUACCCAUACCUUAGCUCCUAUAUCGCGGAUUACCGCUCGCGCGGGGUUAUUUGGUGUGCCUAAUUCCAACGUCGGUGAUAUGGUGACACACACCACGUACGGCGUGGCCCAGGGAGAGGGGGAGGUCACACCUGCUAAGGCUGCAAUUGUGCUUCGACCACAUAAGCGCAAUCCGCUUGCUCAAUAUGUCGCUGCUUCUUGGUGUCCGCUGGGAACUGGAUACGUGACCAGCAAUGAGGAAGCCGAACAGAUGCUGCAAUGGCUUGCAACGAAGCCGAUGGGAGUGGUGUUCAGCAACAGGAUGCCAUUUUUCAUUCUUUCUGGGUAG